CUUAACCUAAUUUAAAUUUAUUCCAUGCUUUUACUUACAAGGUGGAUAGGAGCAAAUACGAAUGACCAUCAACCUGAGCAUUCAUUACUGUUUUAUCGUUCUGAGUUAGAUAAGCCUUGGUGGAAUCAGGUAAUCAUGCUUUAUCAUAUUUUGACAAGUUAAGGUUUUUCAAUGUAAAUGGUCGCUAAUUGCAUUAUUUGAAUGAAUAUAGGUUACUUUGGAUCCAUAUCCACGUGAAGUGGUCGAACUGCAUCAUCUUAGAAACCCUCUGGAUCACGAGACGUGGUUGUGCAAGGUGCCAUUGAUCUGUUGGCACGUCGUGGAGUGGCACCUGCCCGAUCGAUCCUUGAGGCAAUAUCGAAUGGAGCAACCAAUUCCACAAACCCCGCCUCAAGGUUUCAGGGAGCUCCAUGCCAUCGACCUCUGACACGCUUCAAAGAAUUGGAUCCUAAAGCAUCAGUACUACAUCAACAUCUGGGAGAAUAGAGGGACAUGGGUGGUCCAAGGGAUGCCGGAGACGAGACCGAUGGGCUACCACGAUGGGUACAUGUAGUGGUAUCGGAAGUUCACCAAUAGAUGGGUGUCAAAGCAAGGUGCUGUGAUGGGUUUGUUGGUAAGUCAUCCUAAUCUCCAUCGUGAGUCUAAUUAUUUUGUUUUAAGGUUUAAUUAAUUUUGUUUUAUUAUGGGGAUUGCUUAGGUUGAUGGUUUGGAACACGCCAAACACACCCUCGAUAGUGCUCCAACCAUGGAUGAGCGCAAAACUUCUUGGCUGCGAAGGCUUAUGAACAACCUCUUAAGUUGUACCCGAGAGCAAAGGAUGGAUGUCGUGGCCUAUCCUCCCAUUCCCGCUCCGGCACGCCCAUCAUUCCGUGAUGGUGAGCCCAUUGUGCCCCCGGUUGAGCCCCCACGAAGGAGCAAACGCAGGCCUCUGCCUACUUUCGAAGAGGUGCGUACAACUCAAGCAACCGAGCUCCCUGAACCAUUUGAGUACGAGUGGGCACCUGCACCGGAUGUCGCUGGAGGUUCAUCUCAGGAACCAGACAUUUUCCCUCAUUUCCACCAUCAGCAACAGACUCCGAUGUAUCACACCCCGCAUCAAUAAACCCCUCACCGCCCGAUCUACCAGCAGGCUACCAGUCCAUCUCAGCAACCUCCACUGCCACUUGUAACUCCAGUAGGGGCUCGGGUUAAGAGACAUCCGCGACAAGUCGUUGAGCGAGCCCACCAAGAAGCAGAAGGAGGAGGUGGAAGAAGGGGUCGAGGACGUCGUGGAGGACGAGGUGGAGGGCGAGAUGGGGGCCAAAAUGAGGGGCAACCAAAUGAAGACAACCAGUGAACUAUCCGUGCUUUCUUUGAUCAUUCUAGUGUUUUGUCAUUGUAGUGAACUAUCCGCAUUUAUUUGAAUUUUUCGGUCUUCUGAUUUGAGUUUGCAUUGUCGUUGAACUAUCCAUGUUAUGUUAGUCAACUUUCUAAUUGGACCACAUUCCAAAUUUAUUCCAAAUUCAUGACAAGGCAAUCCCUAUCACAGAGUUCUUGAAAAUUGAAUCGCGACUCAAUUUUCAGUUUAGUGGAUACACCGUCCUCAUAAUCAAUCCCUAUGUCAAAGUUUGUAAUCCUUCCAUUCCACCGAAUAAUAAGUUGAAACUUCUUGUUUACCCAUAUCUACAAUUUACAAUAUGUAACUAUUAGCAUAAUUCCAGUAAUUCAUAACAUCGGCCAUAUUUGCUACGAUAAGUAAUUCAUAACAUAAUAAUAUAACUACUAAAAACAACCAUUAGGAAUUAAUACGAAAAUUAAACCAUACCGUAAAUUCCUGUUCUGUAGUUGCUCCGUUUUGGUUGCUGAAAUUUGAAGAGGGGGGAGUGGUUAUGUUUUUACAACUGCUGGUGGUGUGGUAUUUAUAGAAAAAUCAGCUAAUAUUCACCGCCUUUGUCAAACACGGUGAACAUCAUCACCGCGUUUAUCUCAAACGGUGAACAUUAGGUAGUUGUGACCUAAUUUUCACCUACUAGGGUUGAGAAACGUGGGAAAUAAUCACUGCCUUAGCCUGAGGCGGUGAAGAUGUUCCCCGCUUUGCCCUAAGACGGUGACGUUUUCACCGCUUUUAACUUAAACGGUGAUGUCUUCACCGUUUUCGUUUAAUGUGGUGAACACUUCACCACUUUAUACAAAGACGGUGAACACGUCAUCGUUUUAUUUUAAAACGCUGAAAUGUUCACCGUUUUGACAAACGCGGUGAUUAUAUUCAUUGCAUUUGUCAAAAACGGUGAAUGCCAAACAUGUGUAGUUUUGGAAAUUUUAUUUUAAAACUUAUGUAUUUUGAGAAUUUUUUUUAAGAACUAGUGUACUUUGGGAUUUUCCCCCCAUAAGUACCAUAGUUAACUAACUUCAUACUUGAGUCCUUGGAAUCAUUAUGGUGAACUGUCGACUUCUUAAGCGUACUUCUAGAGCUUCUAUAAUUCUUGAAUGCCGACGAUGAUGUCAGUCCUAAUCCUAAUUUCGUUCUCAUAUACCAUCAGCCAGUCAUGCAUAUGCAAUGCUUUAGGUACAUUAGAAGGAGUUAUUGAGCUUACAGUUCUGUUUACCUUAUAAGUGUCCUGCGUAUUUUAUCUUCAAAUGGGACCCCGUCCUACACUUAGCUAGUGCAACCAUCUGGUAAUACUUGUUAUAACAUAUUCUAACAUGAAUACUCUCAUAAUGGGGAGCAUGAACGUGUAAAGUGUGCCUAUCUAAGGCAAAACACUCACACAAUGGGGAUCCUGCGCCUAUUUAAGGCGAAAACACCCACAUAAUGGGGAUCAUGUACCGCGUGCAUAGCUAGCUAAGCAAGGAUUAAACGCACUCAUACUUAUUCAUACUUAUUAACUUGAUAGUUCUUACGCUUACUUACCUCAAUGGAGAUUAAAUUAAUUCAUACUUGCUUGCAUACUUGAAAAGGUUGGUGAUCUCCCACACAAUGGAAAGACCCAACUUAUUAACUUGCACAAGUCAGCUUAGACUUGAAUGCCUUGAAAUUUAGUUUGCUGAUGCUUCGUGAUGCUACGCACACUUAAAGUAAAGACUGAACGUAAAU